GACAUUGACACACUUUGUAAUUUUGAACUUUUUGACAAUAUCUACUGAUACCUACCUAUUGUUUGAAUUUAAAAUAGACAAAUAUUGCAAUUAUUGGAUUUUUAUACCUAACAAAUGAAAAAAUACAUUCUAUUUAAUUGACAGCUUACAUUACUAAUUUUUAAAAGAAAUAGUCAAUUUAUACGAUUUUAAACAAGCUAUAGGAUGUGAAGUAUGUUCACAAUAAAGAAAUAACAAAAACAUCAUACGUCAUCUCUUCAUCUCUCAAAUAAUUAAAAAAAUAUAUGAUUACGGACAAAUAUUUCUACACAAUAAAAAUCAGAACGUUGUCUUUUAUCAUUUAAGGCCAAUGUCCUUCCAGAUAACAUUAGUUCAUAAACAGUUUAAAGUCUAAUUGUGGGAGGCGCACGAUUUGUAAUAAUCAAACUGGUUUGAUGUAUGUAUUUUUCGGACAAGUUUUCUCUACACUGAGCGUGCUAGUCAAUUAGUAAGCAUUUGGCCGCAGUGAGUGAAGUGUGCGUGUUGUGUAUCGCAUAAUUCCGGACAUUUUCCGUGCGUAAUUAGUCUAAAGUUUAAAUAAGUUUUAUAGAAUGACUACAAAAGUAAACGUCGAUCUACAAAAAGAGAGGGAUCAAUGUACAUUUGAUGUAGAAGAAUUGACGAAUAUAAUAGAUGGAGGCGUUGAAAAGACUGAUGAAAGGAGAAAAAGAGUGGAAAUGGCUCUUAAGGAACAACUGCACAUCGACUCUGUACCAUCAGUAUACUUAAGCCACAAGGAAAAGUAUGAAUUAGCUGUGAAAAAGGCUUGUCUCCUGUUUAAGAUGAUAAGGAAAUUGCAGGAAGAAGAAAACACUGGAAUGGAAAAUUAUAGGGCCGUUCUUGGCGGUAAUUUAGGUACUGCAAUCUUGAGUGAUGGUUCACCUCUGUUAUUGCACUAUGUGAUGUUUAUACCGACGGUAAUGGGUCAAGGAACUGUCGAACAGCAGGCCUAUUGGGUUGGCAGAGCUUUCAAUCUCGAUAUUAUAGGAACUUAUGCUCAGACGGAGCUUGGUCACGGCACAUUCAUUCGUGGUUUGGAAACCACUGCCACAUAUGAUCCUAGCACCAAGGAGUUUAUACUACACAGUCCUACGCUCACUUCCUACAAAUGGUGGCCAGGUGGAUUGGCCCACACAGCGAACUAUUGCAUCGUCAUGGCCCAACUGUACACCAAGGGUAAAUGCCAUGGAAUCCACCCGUUCAUAGUCCAGCUAAGAGAUGAGGAGACCCACAUGCCACUCCCCGGUAUCAAGGUCGGCGAGAUUGGUGCCAAGCUUGGCAUGAACGGCACGAACAACGGUUUCCUCGGCUUCGACCAAGUUCGGAUACCCAGAGAUUAUAUGUUAAUGAAGAAUUCGAAGGUCUUAGAGGACGGCACAUACGUCAACUCGCCCAGUUCGAAACUGACGUACGGAACUAUGAUGUUCGUGCGAGUGAUGCUCGUCAACGACAUGUGCAACUACAUGGCUAAAGCCGUCACUAUCGCGACCAGAUACUCGGCUGUCAGGAGACAGUCUCAGCCAAAACCUGAUGAGCCCGAACCUCAAAUCCUGGACUAUCUGACACAGCAGCAUAAACUAUUGGUGGGUAUCGCCUCAGUCCAUGCCUUCCGUAUCAAUGCCAACUGGCUCUGGAACAUGUACAACAAUGUCACCGCAGAACUGGAAACCGGUGAUAUGGAGCGUCUGCCUGAGCUGCACGCGCUGUCGUGCUGCCUGAAGGCGCUGAGCACGGCGGACGCGGCGGCGUGCGUGGAGCGCUGCCGCCUGGCGUGCGGCGGGCACGGCUACAUGCUGUCGUCCAACCUGCCCACCACGUACGGGCUGGUCACCGCCGCCUGCACCUACGAGGGCGAGAACACCGUCAUGCUGCUGCAGACCGCCAGGUACCUUGUGAAGGCGUGGCAGCAGGCGGCCAGUGGGAACAGUCUAACUCCUACGGUGUCGUACCUGAGCGUGGUCAGAAGUGGACGACGCUCGCCUCCCUGGGACAACACCAUCGAGGGCAUUAUCGCUGGCUUCGAGAGGGUCGCUGCCGGCAAACUCGGUCUUUGCGUUGCGCAAAUCGAAAAACGUCAAAAGAGCGGCAUGUGCUACGAGGACGCGUGGAACAUGACCUCUGUUCAACUAACGGCGGCUUCUGAGGCCCAUUGCCGCGCUAUCCUGCUGGCGACGUAUCACAAGGAGACUGCGGAGCAGGCGGCGAGCACGUCGCCGGCGCUGCGCCGCGUGCUGCAGCAGCUGGUCGACCUGUACGUCGUGUACUGGGCGCUCGAGUACGUCGGCGACCUGCUGCGGUUCACUUCGAUAUCCGAGCGAGACAUAGAAUCGCUUCAGAGCUGGUAUGAAGAUUUACUCACGCAGCUGAGGCCCAACGCCGUCGGUCUGGUGGACGCGUUCGACAUCAAGGAUGAGAUUCUCAACUCAGCGCUCGGAGCGUAUGAUGGUCGCGCCUACGAACGCUUAAUGGAGGAAGCCAUGAAGAGCCCGCUCAACGCCGAGCCGGUCAAUAAGACCUUCCACACCUACCUAAAGCCACUCAUGCAGGGCAAACUCUAAUGAUAAAUAUAGAAAUAAUUAAAUUUUAAAAAUAAAAUGUAGUGCCUUGGGUGAUAAAUGAUUAGUAUACUGGCCUAGUAGGGUGAUCUAGAUGAAUAAUAAUAACAUGACAAUAUUUAAUCUUGAUUCAAAUACGAAACUUUUAACAUGGCAACAUUAAAACACAACACUUGUAAAAUGUGUUAGAUCAAAAGAGGUUCUAUUGUAAAAUGUGUAAUACCAAUAGAAACUACUUAAAAUAUUAUUUGAAUAAAAAACAACAAUAUUUAUGUUAUGCAAACUGUUCAGUUCUUGAUGUCAGAUUCUACAUUAAUGUUUUAAAAUAAUUACUACGUAACUUAUAAUUAUUUAUAAUUCAUGUUGUAGUUUUAUUUUUAUUUUUUGAGAGCAACACUUGACAGGCCAGUUAGACAAAAUAAUGAAUGUUAUACCUAUGAGAAUUUUAUACUUAAAAUAUUGUUGUAGUCUAAGAAAAGAGUUUUUAUGACAAAGUUUUUAUAUUCUAUUACUUAUAUUUGUAUAUUGGGUGAAGGCUGUUAUUAUUCCACAAUUUCAAAAUGUAGAGAUUAUAUUAUAUACAGUAUUAUUACAGUUAAAUGUAAUACUUUAUUGAUGUUCAAUGAGAUUCUAAAUGAAAUAUUUGUUUAAUAUGAAAUAAAAAAUUCUUUCAUUAA